AGCAGUGUGCCCAACAUAAGCGAUGUAAAAACUGUCGUAUGAGUUUGAAGUAUGGUUGACGAAGCUACAAAAUCUACAUUAAGCGGUAUUCCGUUACUUAAAACUAAAGCAGGGCCAAGAGAGAAAGAAUUAUGGGUACAAAGAUUAAAGGAAGAGUACCAGUGCCUUAUUAAGUACGUACAAAAUAAUAAGGCCGCUGAUAACGAUUGGUUUCGACUAGAAUCUAACAAAGAAGGGACAAGAUGGUUUGGGAAGUGCUGGUAUAUCCAUAACCUUCUGAAAUACGAGUUUGAUGUCGAGUUCGAUAUACCAGUUACCUAUCCUACGACGGCGCCGGAAAUAGCUCUUCCAGAACUUGAUGGAAAGACAGCAAAAAUGUACAGAGGUGGAAAAAUUUGUUUAACAGAUCAUUUCAAACCAUUAUGGGCCAGAAAUGUUCCGAAGUUUGGAAUUGCACAUGCGAUGGCGUUAGGGGUAUGUACAUGCCUCUGAAAGUUGCUCUUCAAUCA